AUGGAUGAUGUAUCUGCUCAGGAUGAGCGCGACUCGAGCCCACUCCUAGAUCCCGGGGAGAGUGCCAGCUCACGACCUGAAGAAACAAGCAGGAGGAAGUCGGGUCGGGCAAAACGAAAGCCAGAACUUUUCUCUUCAGCUGCAUACAGUUCUAGUCGCCCGUCGCAAAGCAGAGCGAUGAAGCGGAAGCGCGCUGCCCAACAGGAGGAUGGGGACGGGGUCGACGACGACGAGAAUCAGAGCGACGCGUCUGAUGCGCCAGGGAGCGGGGCUGAGGGUGUAGAGGACGGUAUGGAAGAGGAAGAAGAUGAAGACGAUCAAGAAGAGAGUGAGGAUGAACCUGAUGAGGAAGAGCUUAAAGAACGAAAGAAGGCUGCGCGAAAGAAGGCUGCCGCCAGUAAGAAACAGAAACCGCCCAAGCCCAAGAAGCCCACUCCAAAGCGGGUAGCGAAGAAACCAAAGAUUACCAAUGGUGUGACGACUGAACUUACCUUCCGUCCUGCUGUCAAUGGGGAUCGGCCAGCAGCGAAACCGAAAAAGCCUCGAGUAAGGCCAAGUGAUUUUGCGGAGGAAGAUGGCCUCUAUGCCGAGGUGCUCUCCCGGGGCCACACUACUGAUGCUGUUGCCGCAGAAUGGCUUACAAAGUACGAGCAGCACAAUAUCAAAGGGAUGACCGAUCUUGUCAAUUUCAUCCUCAAAUGUGCAGGCACAGACUUGAAGGUUGACGACCACGAUAUAGAAGACGUCGACAACGUCGCCAACCGACUGAAUGACCUUCAGGAAGAAUAUCAGGCCCAGAACAUCACCGAAUACCCUCUGAUUUCGAAAGCCAAGAAAUUCAAGUCUUUCCAGGACAUACUAACUAGCUUUUUCACUUCCCUAAUUCGUACUAUUCACAGCUCCUCAGUCCUCUACAAUGACUCUGCCCUAGUUGAAAACAUUCAAGUUUGGAUAACAUCCAUGUCUUCAGCACCUAUUCGACCAUUCAGGCAUACCGCUACAAUAAUAUCGCUUGCAAUCAUGACGACGCUGUGCAAUCUUGCUAGGGAAGUUUCUUUAACUAUAUCAAAUACCCGAAAACAACUGGAAACGGAGAAGAAGAAAAAGUCCGUUAAUAAAGGUAGAGCCGAUGCAAUGCAGUCUAAGAUUCAAGAAGGGGAGAAAAAAUUAGAAGUUAUUGAUAGUUGUCUCCACGACUCGUUUGACACCGUGUUCGUUCAUCGGUACAGAGAUGUCGAUCCGAAGAUUCGGGCAGAGUGCGUUAACACCCUUGGAGUUUGGAUUAAUUCGUACAGGGAAAUGUUUUUCGACGGUCAAUACCUACGAUAUUUGGGCUGGGUCCUUUCAGACACGGUCGCCCAUACUAGAGCCGUUGUGGUGAGCCAGCUCCAUCGACUUUACCAGAACAAAGAUAACAUUGCUGGACUCCGUGCUUUCACCGAACGAUUUCGCCCACGAAUUGUGGAGAUGGCCGGCAGAGAUGCUGAACCCAGUGUUCGAUCUGCAGUUGUGGAGUUGCUAGAUUUGAUUCGAGAGGGUGGAUUGUUAGAACCCGAUGACAUAGACAGUGUUGGCCGGCUUGUUUACGAUAGCGAACCUCGUGUGCGCAAGGCUGCUGGCAAGUUUUUUGUUGAGAAUAUCCAGGACGUGUAUGACACUCUAACGGAAAGUUUGGAGGAGGAACUAAACGAAUCCUUCAUGGAUGACAAUGACGAAGAUAACUAUGAAACACCUCGCCGCUCUUGGAUCAAAUACAAAUGCCUUGUGGAUGUGCUUCAAGUGUAUGACGGUCAGGAACCUGAAGGGCAACCUGAUCAGGACUCGUCCCUUUUGCGAACAGGUUUUGAUGGUCGCAUUGAUUCACGGUUCGUGCUUGCGACAGAAGCUAUCUACUCCCAUUUUGAAGAACUCCAGCAAUGGGAGCAUUUAGCUGGAUAUCUUCUCUAUGAUCAUUCCCAAAUUCCAGAGACUUCGAGUGAAGAAGAUUCUUCUUCCAUUACUGUGAAACAGUUAUUCAAACUAAGUGAAGGACAGGAGGUGGUCCUAUUGGAAGUUUUAAGCUGCGCGGUUAAGCUACAUAUCAUGGAGAUCGCCAAAUCUGACACUGAUAAGAAGGGUAGGAAGACCAAGUUGCUAGUUGAGAGGAUGGAGGAGCGACAGGAAUCCAUCGCCCAUAGCCUGUCUCAAAUCAUUCCCCGACUGCUGAAUAAAUUUGGAUCGGUACCCGAGGCUGCUUCUGCUAUUCUGCGGCUAGAACAUUUGGUCGAUCUCAACUUGAUCCAGGAUCUCCAGAAGGAUGCAGCUGCAUAUUCAGAGCUCAUUGGUAAUAUUAACAAACAGUUCUUGACCCAUUCACACCAAUCCGUCCUAGCAGAAGCCACAGUGGCAUUUUUGCAUGCUCGUACUUCGGAUGAACUUAAAGAAGCCAUGGAAACCAAGGUGCAGGAACUUUGGGAUGAUACACUUGAAACCCUGCGCACCUUAUCGGUAACAAAAUGUACGGAAGAAAUACCGUCUCUUUCCGUCAACAUUCUCACGGCACUCUCGAAUACUGUUAUGAGGAUUUCAAACCUCACGAGCGUUUCCGACUGCGCUUCCAUCCUGGAGGCCGAACCCCCCGCUGUUUCUAAAAAGCAAACCACCUCAUCUAAACCCUCUGUUGAUAUUAUUCUCAACUUGAGUAAACGAGGUCUCCGAGAAGAGGAUCCUGAUGAAGAGGUUGCAAGACUGGAAUUCGAACUGGUGACGAACAGUUUUAAAAUUCUUCUUGUAUAUUUUAUGUGGAAAGUACAGUUCAUCACUUCGACACUAUCAUCCGGGGACCCGUCCUUUGAUACCGAUUAUUUCAAUUCACUUUCGACUCGUCGGGAUGCCUUUGUCGCAAUUCUUACCUCUAUUAUGCAAGCCCGCUCGGGACUCGACGAACUUAGAUUUUCCGCGACGCUCACUUUACUUGACCUCCAAACUGUGUUUGGGACACUUCGCAGCGCUGGAUUGCGGACAAAGAACGUCAUUCCUUCAUUGAAUGAUGAAGUUGCCCUCGAAAUCCAAAAUCUGGUGCAAGAUAUUACCCCAGAAACCCAAGCUCUAAUUUCCCGCAUUCACGACACAGCCGAACGGGCAUACGCUAAAAAGUCUCGACGAAAGUUGGAAGUGGCAGAGGUUGCAGAGGAUGACGAGCCCAUGGAUUCACUGUCAGAGGUUGACAGUAAUUUAUCAGACGAUGAAGGUGAAGAUGACGACGAGGCCGAUGAGGAGACAAGGGAUGCCUUGGCUGCGAAACGGACCCGUAAUUUGCUUUUACUAGAGCAAAGCCUAUGCCAACUUACUGGCAAGAUCGUCCUUGCUAUUGUUGGCCGUGUACUUGAUUCGUCCGGGCGACAAAGUGGGAAGCUGAAGAAAAAGCUUUUACGGAACAAAUCUCGCCUCGGGCAGAAUUACAAGGAAGUUGUGGCGUAUUUGGACGUUGCGAAAGCUGCUGGUAGAAGGCUUGUUCCGCAAAAAAGCAAAGCGAAGCAGGCUCAGGAAAGAGGAACUAAUGGUAUUGGACCUUCGGGAGAAUCGUUGAAACAAAACUACGGGAAGAUCAAGUCGGCAGAGAUAGUUGAGGACGAUGAUGAGGAGGAUGAGGAGGUGGUGGAAGGUGCGCAUGCAGGAGAAGAUGAGGACGAAGAUUUACAAACAAGAGAGCUGGCUGAUGAUGAAGAUGAAAGGCAUGGCACAGAAGCAGAUGAGGAUUUGAAGCUGACUCCCCCACCUGAUGAUAUUGAAGAUGAUGUGAUGGGAGAUUGA